ACCGAAGACUUCUGGCUUUGGGUUCGUCAGGGCCUCCGAUCCAGGGCUACACUUGCACGGUGGUUCAGAGCUCUCACCAUCAUCAGUCACCAAAAAGUCAACCGCGCGCCAUGGAUCGAAGCUAGCUAGCUAGCUAGCACGGGCAUGCAGCUAGGUUUGGUAGCUACAUGCUAGUGCUUUGUAUGUAUAUAAGGGCACCAAAGGUCGUCGGAGAAGUAUCAUAUCGUCCAUGCAAGGAACGAAGAAAGAUCAUGGUGGUUGGUGGGAACAUUAUCAUCUCCCUCCUCGUGUUGCUGUCCUCUUGGCUCCUCUUCGCCGGCCACGAUCAGCCUGCUGGGCUGCUGGGGCGGGCUCAGCGGCCGGACGCGGCGGCGGCGGCGUCGAGCGUCGUGCAUGUCGGAGCGCUGCUGGACCUCGGGUCUGUCGGUGGGAGGGCGUCGCGGGCGUCCAUCUCGCUCGCGCUGGAGGAUUUCUACGCCUCGCAGCCACCGGGCUCCGGCGCCACGGUGGCGCUGCACGUCGCGGACUGCAAGGACGACGAGAUCACAGCCGCUUCGACAGCAAUAGACCUCCUGAAGGACUUCAAGGUGCAAGCCAUCAUUGGGCCAAAGACGUCAAUGCAGGCGAGGUUCACCAUUGGUAUCGGCAAUAAGACGAAUGUACCCAUCUUGUCUUAUUCAGCCACUAGUCCCUACUUGUCAGCUAACCAGUCCAAGUAUUUUGUUCGCACUGCCCUGGAUGAUGCCUCUCAAGUUCCUGCAAUAGCUUCUCUGAUCCAAUACUUCAACUGGCGCCAAGUCGUACUUAUCUAUGAGGACUCUGACUUUGGUAGAGGCAUUGUACCCUAUCUUGUGGAUGCUCUCCAAGACGCUGACGCACACAUCCCAUACCGAAGCAUCAUCCCUUCUGUUCCUACUGAUGAUCAGAUAAAGGUGGAGCUUAACAAGCUAAAGACUAUGCAAGCACGAGUUUUUGUCGUGCAUAUGUCACCCAACAUUGCAGCACGCCUCUUUGUCCUUGCCCAUGAUGCUGAGAUGCUUGCUUAUGGUUAUGCUUGGAUUAUAACUGACAGUGUUGGCAACAUGUUUAGCACCCUUGAUGAAAACAUAAUCAAUUCAAUGCAGGGUGUUCUUGGUGUGAGGCCUUACGUUCCACAAUCGGACAAGCUCCUCGCAUUCCCUGCUCUAUUUCUUUCACGGUACAGACAACAGAACCAAGCAAUGCCUGACCCAGCAAGUCCAAAUAUUUUCCAUCUGUGGGCAUAUGACACAGCAUGGGCAAUCGCAACGGCCCUAAGGAAGGCUGGACCCCUUACAUUGGGCUUGAAAUUGCCAUCAUUGCAGAACAGCAACAACUCGAAUGAUCUGAGUAUGCUUGGUGUAUCACAAGAUGGGCCGGGACUUAUUGAUUCCAUCCGGACCACCAGGUUCCAAGGCAUAUCAGGUGAAUUUAUUCUAGUAGAUGGCCAGAGGCAGGGAUCAGUAUUUGAGAUAUUUAAUGUGAUUGGUAAUUCAUAUCAAAGUAUUGGGUUCUGGACACCUAAUCUUGGUAUAACCAAGAAACUGAUUACCUCUUCUGAUGCAAGUGAUAAUGUUGGACUGAACAUAGUGAUUUGGCCUGGUGGUUCAGCACAACCUCCCAAAGGUUGGGAGUGGCCAGUGGCUGGAAAGAAGAUGAAGAUUGCUGUGCCAGUAAAGCCUGCUCCUAACCCAUUCGUGAAUGUUAAGAAGAAUUUGGCUACUGGGAAAUUCUAUGUGACUGGAUAUUGUAUAGAUAUCUUUGAAGCUGUUGUGCAGGAGAUGCCGUACGCUGUCCCCUAUGAGUAUGUUCCUGUUGUGGACCCUAACAUAGCCACCAACUUGACGAUAUCGUACAGUGAGAUAUGUCACCAGGUUUCCUUGAAGAAAUAUGACGCGAUGGUUGGGGACACCACAAUAAUCAUUAAUCGUUCCUCGUACGUGGACUUUACAUUACCUUACACUGAAUCGGGAGUGCAGAUGGUUGUUCCCUUGAAGGAGCGCUGGAGCACGAGCUUGUGGGUUUUUCUGAAGCCUAUCGAACCAAUCCUAUGGGUGGCCUUCUUGGCUGUUUUUGUGUUCACAGGUUUUGUCAUAUGGCUUGUUGAGCACAAGGAAAACAGAGAUUUUGGUGGCAGUGCUGGGAAGCAGCUUGUCAACAUUGCUUAUUUCAGCUUUCAAGCACUUCUUGCUGUUCCAAAAGACCCAAAACUGAAGAAAUGGUUAUCAAAAUUUGCACUAAUAAACUUGGUGUUGCUGGUUUGGUUGUUGGAGAAACUCUAUAGUGCAAGCUUGACCUCCAUGGUGACUGCACGACAACUCCAACCAACGGUUGUUGACUUGAAUCAACUUAUUAGUAAUGGAGAUUAUAUUGGUUACCAGGGUGGUUCUUUUGUCAAGGAUUUCCUGAAGAGCCGUAAAGUGGAGGAGCACAAACUUAGAAAUUACAGAACUACAGAUCAGUAUGCUGAGGCUUUGAUGAAAGGGAGUUGGAAUGGUGGUGUUGCAGCAGUAUUUGACGAGAUUCCAUACCUCAAGCUAUUUAUGUCCAAAUACUGUAGGAACCACAGUAUUGUUGGUCGUGUUUACAAGACUGGUGGAUUUGGCUUUGUCUUCCCCAAGGGCUCUCCGCUCGUUGCCGAUGUGUCAAGGGCCAUACUGACGGUGACGGAAGGAGACAAGAUUAUGGACAUUGAGAGGAAGUGGUUCGGAGGGGACUUGGUCUGCAACAGCCAGGCGAACGCCAUUGAGUCAGCCUCUGUUGUUACCUGGAGCAGUUUAAGAGGAGUGUUCUUCAUAACCAUUGGUCUAUGGGCAAUUGUGGGGAUCAUCUACGCAGCAUUGUGGUUCCGACUGAGGCAAGAAGAAGAGCAAGUCCAAGAAGCAGUCGCUGAACUUGCUAUUGAGCAUGUCCAUGUCAACGGAGACGAUAGUAUCAUUUGGCACAUCAGCAGAGAUAGCCAUCUGGUUAUUCAGUUGCGUGGUAAUCCUUCACCAUCUGGAGAUGGAGGACCUGAAGAGGGUGCGGCACGGCCAGAAGCAGGACAUGACGACGUAGAGCCACCACCGGAUGUCCAAAAUCUUGGAGGACCAGAGGAGCAGGUGCAGGCUGUGGAGCUCCCAUUGCUCCCUGCUGACGCUGCAUCAGGAAAUGUUGCGCCAUUGCGCACCGCGAUCAACGAAACUGAAGCUGCAGAAAACAGUGGACGGCUUUUGCUGCCGAAAUGAAAAAAAAAUGAAUCUGACUUGGUGUAAUUUAUACCCUCUUUUGCCGAGACUCAAAUUUGGUAAUUUUGCUUGGACCUAAAUUUGUCGAGACUCUUUGAAAUAAUUUUCAUAAAGAAAGUGACACUAUUAUUUCCUCCAA